CCGGCAGCGGCUCAGGCUACAGGAGCAGCCGCCGCCCCUUCAGCUGAGGCACAAGCGCUAGUCCAGUGAGCAGCUACAGCUGCAGCUGUGUUAACAUACACACACGCAGCGCACUACCUCUAUCGCCAAGUCUGUGUUAUUAACAGAAGAGUAAGGGCUUUUUCCCAUCUAAAACCAGAGUGCGCUUCCGAGCAGACGCCACCCUCCCCACCCCCCGCUAUACAGCUGAGGGGGAAUGUCAGCAGAUCCCUUCACUUCUAGGAAAGCAUCUCAGCGGUCUUCGCCGUUUGCCCCAGUGCUAUCUUGGCACCAUGGACACCUCCACUGCUGCUCCUGCCGCCCGCGCGCUUCUUCUCCUGGGCUUUCUUGGGCUCCAGGCGGUGCCCUCAGGUCUUGGCGGCGGAGGUUCGGGGAGCCUGUUUGGGAGGCGCCAAAGGAGCUGCCCGGCCGUUUGUCACUGUGAGCAAGAUGGGAUGCUCCUCAGGGUGGAUUGCUCGGACCUGGGCCUGGCCGGCGUGCCCGCCAAUCUCAGCGUCUUCACCUCUUACCUUGAUCUCAGUAUGAACAACAUUUCUAAGCUGUCCCCAAACUCCCUGCACAAUCUUCGCUUCCUGGAAGAGCUACGUUUAGCAGGAAACGGCAUGGCACACGUCCCCAAAGGAGCAUUUUCUGGGCUUUUUAGUCUUAAAGUAUUAAUGCUUCAGAACAAUCUGCUAAGACAAGUUCCCACUGAAGCACUCCAGAACUUGCACUCUCUCCAGUCUCUACGCCUGGAUGCUAACCAUAUCAGCUUCGUGCCCCCCAACUGUUUCAGCGGCUUGGUUUCACUCAGACACCUGUGGCUAGAUGACAACUCUUUGACAGAAAUUCCAGUGCAAGCUUUCAGGAGUUUACCAUCACUUCAGGCAAUGACACUGGCACUGAACAAAAUAUACCACAUUCCAGAUUAUGCUUUCGGAAACCUUUCCAGUUUAGUGGUUCUACAUCUCCAUAACAAUAGAAUCUACUCCCUGGGAAAGAAAUGCUUUGAUGGUCUCCACAGCCUAGAGACUUUGGAUUUAAAUUACAACAGUCUGGAUGAAUUCCCCAUCUCUGUCAGGGCACUCAGAAACCUGAAAGAACUGGGAUUUCAUAGUAAUAAUAUCAAGUCAAUACCUAAACAGGCAUUUGUGGGCAAUCCAUCCCUUAUAGCAAUCCAUUUUUAUGACAAUCCUAUUCAGACUGUGGGAAAGUCUGCUUUUCAGCACUUACCUGAACUCAAAACCUUGACAUUAAAUGGUGCUUCACAGAUAACAGAAUUUCCUGAUCUGACUGGGACAACAAGUCUAGAAAGCCUGACACUUACAGGGGCUCAAAUCGCAUCCCUUCCUGAAACAAUCUGUGAUCAACUCCCCAGCCUCCAAGUACUAGACCUCUCAUAUAAUCGACUGGAAGACUUGCCCCAUUUUACUGCUUGUGAAAAACUUCAGAAAAUUGACUUACACCACAAUGAAAUCUAUGAAAUCGAAGUGAACACAUUUCAACAGCUGGUUGCCCUGCGCUCGCUGGAUUUAGCUUGGAACAAAAUAUCAGUUAUUCAUGCCAAUGCAUUCUCCUCUUUACUGUCUCUGACUAAACUGGAUCUGUCAUCCAAUCUUUUGUCCUCUUUUGCUGUAACUGGCCUAUAUGGUUUAACUCAUCUAAAAUUAACAGGAAAUCAUGCACUACAAAGUCUGAUAUCAUCUGAAAACUUUCCAGAACUCAAGGUGAUUGAAAUGCCUUAUGCUUACCAGUGUUGUGCAUUUGGAGUGUGUGAUGGCUACCUCAAAAUCCAAAAUCAGUGGAACAAAGAUGAGAACAGCAGUGCAGAUGAAUUUCAAAGGAAAGAUGCUGGCAUUUUUCAUGCACAUGAUGACCAUGACUUUGAGGAUUUUCUUCUUGACUUUAACGAAGAUUUGAAAGCUCAUCAUUUAGUGCAGUGCUCUCCCUCUCCAGGACCCUUCAAGCCUUGUGACUACCUCUUUGGCAGUUGGCUAAUCAGAAUCGGAGUUUGGACCAUAGUAGUUUUGGCCUUUAUUUGCAAUGCAUUGGUGGUUGCAACAAUCUUCAGAUUCCCACUGUUCAUUUCCUCCAUAAAGUUGUUAAUUGGACUAAUAGCCAUUGUGAACACACUUAUGGGUGUGUCUGGUAGUGUGCUUGCUAGUAUGGAUGCAUUAACCUUUGGAGUCUUUGCUCAGUAUGGUGCUUGGUGGGAAGGUGGACUUGGUUGCCACUUUGUUGGACUUCUCUCCAUCUUUGCUUCGGAGGCUUCCAUUUUCUUGCUCACUUUAGCAGCUGUUGAGCGUGGGUUUUCUGUGAAACAUGCCGCAAAGUUUGGGACAAACUCCACUCUUGCUAGUGUGAAAAUAGCCAUUUUAUUUUGCUUUGUAUUGGCUUUGAUCAUUGCACUUAUUCCAGUACUUGGUGGAAGUGAGUAUGGGGUUUCUCCUCUGUGCAUACCAUUGCCUUUUGGGAAGCCAACCGCUGUGGGUUACAUGGUAGCACUAGUCUUGUUGAACUCCCUUUGUUUUCUUGUAAUGACAAUUGCCUAUACGAAACUCUACUGUAAUCUGGAUAAGAGAGAACUGGACAAUAUUUGGGACUGUUCAAUGGUCAAGCAUAUUGCCUUGUUACUUUUUACUAACUGCAUUCUUUAUUGUCCUGUAGCCAUCUUAUCAUUUUCUUCCUUGUUAAAUCUUACUUUUAUUAGCCCUGAAGUAAUUAAACCAAUACUUUUAGUAAUUGUCCCCCUACCUGCAUGUCUAAACCCACUUCUCUAUAUACUUUUCAAUCCACAUUUCAAAGAAGACCUAGAAAGUCUUCGAAAGCAGACAUUUGCAUGGAAGGCAUCAAAGCAUGCCAGCCUGGUCUCCAUUAAUUCAGAGGAUGCAGAAAAACAGUCAUGUGAUUCAACUCAGGCUCUAGUAACUUUUGCAAGCACCAAAAUAUCAUAUGCUAUUCCUACUGACAAUUCACUGGUGCCAUCGUCCUAUCAAAUGAGUGAAAGUUGUAACCUUUCAUCAGUAACAUUUGUUCCUUGUCAUUAGUUUCAUCUCAAAGAUAACUGUGUUUAAAAAUUAUCAACCACACAUUAAGUACAUGUGUAUGCAUUUCUUACACAGUAAAAGGAAAAGAAUUGUCUAUUAUUGUGUGCAGGGACGUGGAAGAAAUUGGAUUAAGUUCACAUUUAAAGCUGAAUUUAUAAAAUUCCCACUUUCGAAAACAAUAAGAACCAAAAAAUAUCCUUCCAAAUUCUCACUUACCCAAAGUUUAUGACGCAGUUCUCCAACCAAGCAUAUACAAAAUGCAUAUAUUAGAGAAAGUAUGCAUAAAAAUGAAUAUAUUUGUGAAAAUUAGAACAAAAUCCUUGCAAAAAUGUGUGCAUUAGUCAUAACUGCAUACAAAAUGUGUUGGGAGAAAUUCACACUAAAAUGCUGAAGAAGGUUCAUGUGAGUUUUUUUAAUUGCAAAUUUCUGUAGAAAUGUGCAGAACCAAAUUGAAGAUCGGAAAACUGAGAGAACUGAAAUUGAGAUAUUCCUCCAUCCCUAAUUGUGUGUCAAAUGUUUGGUAGCAAUGAAAAUUGGCAUCCUAAAAUUCCCAACAGAUACUAUCUCAUUCUGCUUUAAAAAAAACACUUUAAUCAGUUAUCGUUCAGCCUCGAGGAAAAAGUCCAAAAGCCACUGAUGUUUACAGCAUUGGCCCUGGUGCUUUGAAUUAGAUCAGUAUUUUUCACUCCCUAUUCAUGGACUUUUUGUUGUAACAAUGAUUUUUUUAAGGGACUUCAAAUAUCUAGAUGAGCUAUCUUGCCAAGUUAAAGCUGGAAGUAGAUAAGAAAAAUGUACCUAUCCCAGUUACACAAUAUCUUUACACAUGAAUUGGCUUCAGUUGUCUUGUUGAACAAUGUAUGAAAGUGAAAACCAUACAUAUUUGUUAAAGAGGUUGAUAUAUCCAGGUAACUGGAAAUAUUAAUUAGAAGUGGCCUCUGGUCUUUGCACAGUUUGUAGAUAUCUGAAAUACAACUUUACAUGAGAAGUCCAUUAACACUAGCAGAAAUAGUUGGGAGAGCCAAAUGGAAUGGUGUAGGAGGGAGACCAGCAUUGUUUUCAGAUCUAUGCAACAUCACUUUGUAUGCAUGUCAAUCCUUAGAAAACAAAAUGAACAAAUGCAGAAGCUAUGCACGUAAAAGCUGGCCACAUGGUUAUCUUAUUCCUUUGUUUCCUUGAAUGUUGAAGCAAUGCAGCAUGCAACUGGAGAUCUGUUCCUUAAAACCAAUUUAGAUUAUACAAGAGAUCAUCUGACCAUUGCACAAUAAUUACCAUGUUUAUUUAGCUUUAUUUUUACUGUGGUUCAGUCAUGGAGUGCUGCUUAAUGUCAUUGAAAUUGUUCCUCACAUGAAUAUAUUUUCUUUUGUAUACAAGCUUGAGAAGUAAAGCAUUAAGUCUGGAGACUAACUCAAGAAGGAUUCUUUUAUAUUAAAAAUUAAGGUUAGAUAAACUUCAAAACAAAAGAGGCUACUAUGCAUAUUUUAUAAGCAA